AUAAAAUAAGUGAGGCUGGUGACUGAUUCAAUAUGUUCCAUUUAGUUCUAAGAGGAGGCGAUUCGCGCCUAGAAUUCGCGUAGUACGAGUACGGAAUACGAAGAAGUCCUGGCACAUGAUGAUGUGGAAGAAGAACAAAAGUUCUUCAAGUGGCUUUGAAUCAAUCAAGAGCGUCGAAAUGAAGUAGCCUAAUAUAGAAGUAGCCAUUCCCUUGUAUGAUGAACGAUUUCUAGUGGAAGACAAGAGAAAAAAACGUGAAUACUUCUGGCGCGUCGUGGUGGUACGAGAACCUGUGCUAGUAUCACUUCAUGCGCAAGAGCGCGCUCUGCCGACUUCUUUCGUGCUGACCACGAAAACGAGCCGGCAAAAAUCUUAACUUUGAACGAGGACAUUUCCUUCGUUUUCACUUCCUUCGUGGCAGCAGAGAAAAGCACCACUUCCAGACAAGAAUUCGAACGCACAAGACGCCACGGAAAAUACGAGCAGGAGGAAGAUAACGAUGAUAAUAAUAGCAACAAAACUUCCCCUUCUUCUGCCGUUUUCCAUCAUUGUGUUCUUUAACCACCACAACCAGCAAAAUUAAGACGCAUCAGGAGUUCCGGCCGCCGCCACAGGCGCGGCAGCCGCGCACGUCUAGCGCGCCGGAGCCAAACAAAUUGAUCCAGCCGCAAGAGAACCAGCACCCCACGCACAACAUCGGGCCGAUCGCGGCGCAGACUAUGCGUCAGUUGCCGAGUUACUAUAUAAAGGGAAAGUUUAUCGGAAAGGGCGGCUUCGCAAGAUGCUACGAAUUGACACACGCCGAGACCAACGAGGUCUUCGCCGUAAAGAUCGUCUCCAAGGCUUCAAUUUCCAAACCGCGGGCGCAGGCAAAAUUGAAGAGCGAGAUUUCGAUUCACAGAAGUCUCAACCACGAGAAGGUGGUGCGAUUCUACGAGUACUACGAAGACCAAGAAAAUGUCUACAUCAUCCUGGAACUCUGUCCGAAUCAAACCUUGAACGAAUUCUUGAGGAAACGAACCAACAGGCGAAUGGCCGAACCAGAAGCCAUGUUCUACAUCUACGAUCUAAUCCUGGCGCUGAAGUACAACUCUAUCAUUUGCUUGCAAUCAUAGUAGCGUUGUGUUUUCCGUUCUCUUUCUGCUGCACGGAAGAUUUUCUACCGGGGACGACAUUUUUACAUCGAGAUGAGAAACUCUGUGCAACAACGAACAUGAACCAGGUACCUGCACAAGCACAGAAUUCUCCACCGAGAUCUGAAGUUGGGUAAUUUAUUCCUGGACGAUUGCAUGAGGAUAAAAAUCGGCGACUUUGGUUUAGCGGCGCAGCUCGAGUCAGACGAUGAAAAACGGCGAACAAUAUGCGGCACACCAAACUACAUAGCACCGGAGAUUCUCGACGGUAUAUAUAAUGCUGGAUCUUGCCAGUGUUUUGCUUUUGAUGUUGGAAAUGGAAUAAUGAAUGGAGGAUGUGUGAUGUGAUUGCAAUGUCAACAUGACAAGGCAAGGGAAUUGUUUCGUGCACACACAAUAAAAGGUAAAACCGGACACAGCUACGAGGUAGAUGUUUGGAGUUUGGGCGUGAUACUCUACACCAUGUUGAUCGGCAAACCACCAUUCGAAACGUCCGACGUCAAGGCUACCUACCGGAAAAUCAGGUAGAAUAACUUUUUCGCGUCUGCAUUCCAGAAUUUCCAACACAGGAUCGAGUUUGUUUUCGUGCUGUAAUGCAUGUAUGAGAAUGAUGUACGAAGUUGGUCUUCACACGACUUCCAGGUAUAACCAGUACUCCUUCCCGGACACGGUGGCGAUAAGCGAGCAAGCGAAACUGUUGAUUCAGACGCUCCUUCAAACGGAUCCGAGAGCACGGCCGCAGCUAGACGAGGUAUGCGUAUUGAUGCUAGAUGUGAUGUCAACUUCCUUCCAUAUGCCUCUUCUUGGGCGAGGAGCUCAGUGAACACCUGGAAUUGUCAUGUUGACAUGCACUUGGAACCACACUGCCUACAGGUCAUGCAUUCCAAGUGGUUGACGAUAUCGCGGCUGCCACCGCCAAUACCGCAAGGAAUCAACGACAUGAAGAUGAUGAGCCGAGCAAAGACAGCAACCGCACAAAGCAGUCAUCCGCCGCCACAGCACCAGGCACCGAGCGUCAGCACCACUGUCGGGAGCAAUACAAACGGCAUCGUUUCAGGUAUCACUGACUUCAUUUUGUCGUAGAAAAAUACCCGUGUCGCGACGGAUUCUUGUUGGGAGUUACAAAAGAGGGACUGUCGAAACCGCAUCGAUUUUCUAAUACUACAGGUCCUGGUUCCGGCGCCCCAGUCUACAACUACGGAGCUGAGGUCGAGCGUCGAGGCGCCGCCAGCUCCAGAUCAGAAACUCCUGAUCGUACUAGUCAUUGCUUCGUAGAAACUUUUGAAGGAAAGUGACUAGUAAAAGUAGGGAAAAAAUGUAGUUUUUUUGCAAGGACGCAGAAAAAAUGAACGAAGAUAACAAGCUGUUUGUGAUUAACCUACUGAUCCCGCCGUCUGAAUUCAGGUGCUUUGGACUUCGCGCGAUUAGACUCGCCCUGCCCGCGCAGUCGGGGGCAGUUUGAGCGGUACCCGAUGCGGGAGCGGUCCCCCAGUUUGUUCACCAGUCCUGGCCGUGGAAGCGAAAUAUCAAAGCGCAGCAACCACCAGUCCGCGGUGCCCUCACACCACCAUGGCGGCGCGCCGGGCUCCGCGUCCGGCAGGCCUCCGCUGUAUCAAAUGUAAAAAUGUCUGGGUCUGGAAGAUUCUGAGAUUUGUCAUGCAUGUUUUGCAUGACCCAGGAUGUCUGUAAUGGACGACCGCGCAUCACAGAUUUUGAGAGGGCUUCCUGAUGCCUACUCCGCAUGACAAACGCCCUCCCCGCGCAGCACAAACUAGACUCCUCUUGCUGGUCAUGCAAUACAGAUUUUGCUAGAGUCCAAAGUUAGCAUGACAAGUUCCAAUCUUCCAGACCCAGACAUUUUUACACUUGAUACGCUGUACAACCAGACAACGCACGACCAAGAGAAUGUCUUCCCGCCGCCAGUGCACCACAGCAACAAUGCAUACGGUUACGAAGACCCGCCGGGGGCGUUCCGCUACACAGCCGCGAGCAGCAGUUCGGCGAUACCGAACAGCAGCGCGCGCACCCACAAUCUGAACGCGCACGGCUCCGGGUUGAUACGGCCGAGCUCGGCGAGACCGCCGCUGCGGGUCAGUAACUACAACGGGGCAACCUCGAUAGGGACACCGCGGACCGGCGGCUUGCUGGAAUCGCGCGCGCGCGCAAAUAGCGGGGAUCGGAGACCCAUGUCAGCCAGAGUUGUGCCCGCGCAACUCAGCGACCGGGGGAGGCCCGGGCCACUUUCUAGCGCAAGAGGAGCCGAGUCGUCGGAGCGAAAGUCUUCAGCCGUGCGAACGCCUGUCGGGGAGAAACGGCGAGAGGACGCCCAUUUCGCAAGUCCAGCAGUCUUCCUCGACGCGCUCGGGUACAGGUAUAGCCCGACGGCGGGAAGUGCAAAGGAAAAGCCAAUGGUAUUCUAUUGCUUUCUUGGAUGCCAUUAGGGCGUUGCACUGAUGAUCUGCUCUUCGUGAUCCAUCGUGCAGCACAUCUCUACUUCUUUCGGACUAGCAUGCUUUGAUUCAAUGAUUCAUUUAGGCAUUGGCAGAGCUAUCUACCCGUUUUUUUUAGGAGAAGAGAGAUUUCGACGAGCGAAUGAAAAAAACUGCAAACUGUUACACCCAAACUCAGUCCGCCUAUGCAAAAGGAGUGCAAGAAAGGCUGCAUCAGGCGUAUAGUCCAAAGCCUGUAGACCGAUACGCAAAACCCGUAUCGCCCUAUGCCAGAGUAGAGCCAUCCCCCGGGCACCAUCAGAGCAAUAGCUACAGUAAACCACCACCAACAUCAAAACCCGUUUUGCAACCACAGAGUACCGCGGUGCAGUCAAUAGCAAAGCCUCCCCAGCCGGGCGGAGACGAAACGCUGCCGGAGCUCUGGGUCACAAAGUGGGUGGAUUACAGCUCGAAAUACGGAAUCGGGUACGUCUUCUCCGACCACAGCAUAGGGGUAUUGUAACAAACUUUUUUUUCGCUUUUUUCGGUAAGAGAAUGAAUGAUUUGUCGUGCUCUUCCGAGAAGGUUCGAUUCAACUAACUGCUGCAAGUUACUUACACUUGCUGCUGAAACGACGUUGAUUCAUUACCAAUUGCACCACAACAACCAGGUUUACUUCAACGAUAGCACAAAGAUUAUACUGGAGUCCUCGACAGGGAUCGGGUUCGAGUACAUAACGCGGCGAACCAUGGACCGUCCCGAGCAGCGCAGUAGACACACGCUGGAAGACUACCCCGACGACCUGCGGAAGAAAGUGACCCUGCUGAAGCACUUCAAGAACUAUCUCCUCAUCUCCGGCCACAGCGAGCGGAAGGACAACAGUCAGGCGACGCUCGGGGAGUCGGGGCUGGUCGCAAAUCCUAGUAGCAUCUCGCACCACUACGAUCCUAACAUGGCACGGGGAGAAAAGCCGUAUGUGAAGAAAUGGAUGAAAAACCGGCACGCGAUCAUGUUUCAGCUCAGUAACAAGAUCGUCCAGGUACUUAGUUACAAUGUGGGGCCGGGGGGUUUUAGGUCAAAAGUGAUUUUGGUCGUCGUGAGCUGCAAAUAUAGACAAAAGGAAAGAUGACCAAACAUGCAUAUCUCGCCACUGAACGCAGUUAGAGCAGGAAAAUGAGAUUUUCUAAUUCUCAGGUUAUUUUUUUCGACAAGACGGAAGUAGUCCUCAGCUCAAAAACGCACACGGUGACGUAUGUGGACAAGCGCGGCCAACGUUCCUCUUACCCCCUGCAAUCGGUAAUGGAGAUCAGUAACACCGAGCUCGCGAAACGACUGCGGUACACCAAGGACAUUUUGGUGAAUCUGCUGUCUGGGACGAGGGCGCAAACGCGGGGAGACGGCUCGGUGGUUGGUUCUUAGCUCGGUGGCUCUUUCCGAAUAAAAAUCUCGGGAAGACCAAGUAGAUUUAAAUCUGUUCUUUCGAAGUCUCUGCAUGUUGGACUUUUCUCUUAGCUUGCUAAAAACAAUCACUUACAUUACAGGAGUUUCUACCUCCGAAUGGUUACUUUCUCGAUGUAUUCAAUUUUUAUGCUGGCAGCAGUAGCAGUUCUGUGCAUCGCACGCUGCUUGCCGACUGUGCGGUCUGCAGAAGAUUUUUAGUUUGCAAUUCAGAUCGAAAGCUGGUUUAGCGACGCUGGGACUGAUUCUAAAACGCGUCGUCCGGAGGUUAUUCUACUUUUUUUGUUUCAGCAGCUGAAAACGAUUUUUUUUCGUCGAUGUGAGAAAGAUAGAUACAGUCACAGAGACAAAGCCGACACUUCAGAUUUGGCUCUUCCUAUUUGCGGAUUUUUAGAUUUAUCCUCAAUUAUACACAGAUUUGGACCGCGAAACUUUGAUAUCAGCCAAAUAAUAUUGCAAAUUAUUCUUUUGGGUAAUUUAUUGAGAGCACAAAGUCUGUAUGUGAUUUAACUUCUUACUUCAUGUCAGCAACGCGCAUCAGUAGUGAUGCGUUGUUCGGAGCAAGCCAAUCAGAAUCAAAAUAAUCCUGUAUGUUGAGCAAAGUUUUAAAUUGGGAUCUAUUGCGCUUCUAUUUCUUCUUUUCAUCAGUUCAUCUUCAUUACACUACACCUGCCAAAUAAACAACAAUCUUUUACUGGGGUCACUGAAACUCCACGGGUUGCGGUAGCUUCUACUUUUUUUUUGUGAUUCAGUAUGUCGCCUCGUUUGCGGCGGUCAAAGUCACUAUCGCGAAUAUUGUAGUCGAUACUACUGAGUCGCAUUGAAAUAAACUAUUUAAAUCUCAUGCUAAAAAUAUCGGAAUCUUGUUUGAUUGCACACCACUGCUGCCAUAGCUGCUUCUACCAGACGUUUUUAUUUUGCGAUUAGGACCAGAAAUUUAGAUUUCUCAAUUUUGCAAAACUUGUGAAUUUUUCUGUUGAUUGCUUUUUUCAAAUCAAGGGAC